AUGUCGAUUUUAUUUUCGCGGUUAUUUCGUGAACUUGUUCGAACAUCCUCACGCGCCCGCAAUGUAACCUCUAAUUUAGAAAAGCAACAGCAAUGUUUUUAUUCCUAUUCAACCAGUGAUCCCUCCAGAAUGACUAGUUUCACCAGACGAACUACUGCCCCUAAGCUCAAAAAAUACAACUCGCUGCCACUAGGUUUGCCCGAUCCCGAAGAAAGAUUUCCAAGCGGCUCUCCAAAACAAACCGCACAAUUUCUUACCGGAAAAGAUUCUGAAGGACGGUCAGUAGUCAUUCAUCCAUUGAUUGGCGGUGGGAAAUCAAUACUAAGAAAAAGUUACAAAGGAGAUUUAGUUCCAUUAGUACCUCCCGACGAGAUGCACGUUAUCGAUGAAUACACAAUUCAAUUGUUCUUGGGGAGAAAAUGUCCUUUAACAUCAAUGUCAAAUAGAUUUUUUACCUUGAUUGUACGACGAUGGGAGCCGAGUGAAGUUCAUUACCAAAAGGAAUCGAUGGAGCCAGUCAAAACGUUUCGAUGGCAGGUGUUGACUAAUAAUAAAUACAUGGACAAGAAACCCACAGUACGCCUACGUAUUCGAAGACGUAUACGUGAGGCACUUCGAUAUGUUCUUCCACUUGUAGGAAAAGAACGUCAUGAUUAUCUCUUUUUUGGUCGGUUCGACACUCACGAAGCUGAAUGGGAAGAAUUGAAAGAUGCGGUGCACGCAGCUAUCGCACUACCUCGUCUAUAUAAUUUCCAUAUGAAUGAUAAAAGGGGAGGACCCAAUUACUUGGAAUAUAUUGAACGCGUCGGUAACAAUAGGAGAGGUUUCAAUGGUGUUCAAAGAGAAAAAUAUGCACAAAAAAGUUGGAAAUUUUCUAAUGAUAAUCUCAACAAUUAUAACAACAAUAGCAGCAGAAGCAAUUAUAAUUCGGGAUAUGAUAGUCCUCGAAAUGGUAAAAAUAAAUUGAAUAACGAAGACCCCAAUUAUAGGGAUUGGGAUCUUCAGCCUCUUAAAAUACUUCGUGAUAGUUUUAAUGAUUUUGAUAAUACUAAAUGA